UUGAUUCAAUAUUCAGUCGUUCAAUUCAGACAAAAAAGAGACAUGAAUAAAACUCGCAAACCCAAAGAUGCUAUAGGCCGUCUUCAGAACGACUUUUACAAGUUUUUCCGGACAAUUGUUACUGAAAUCCGAGAGGCGGCUGAAAAUAUUGAGAAAAAUGCGGAAACUGUUCGAAAUCAACCGAUACGCGUUGAGCCAGUCGAGGAGCCGAAAGGAUUUUUUGCCGUCCACGCUACACUUCUCAUCACAAUCGGAAUAAUCCUGUGCCUCGGUAUACUUAUCGCCGGCCCGGUCUACUGUUGUUUCAAAAAACGAGGCUUCAUGUCGUCGGAGCACGUGAAUGAGGAAAUUGAGAUUCCAGAUGAGGAUGAAGAGGAACAAAGAAGCCCUCAACAUCCAGCAGCUUCACCUUUUCCAAAGGCUAAGUCCCCAGUGUCACCACGGAUUGGGAUGUCCCCACGAGUUGGAUUGUCCCCAAAGCCAAUUGCAAGAACCCCACAAACUGCCAGAACUCCGACGAAAAAGGGUCCGAUGAGCCCAUCCGCAAUUGGACUAUCGCCGAUGAAAAAGAGAUCUCCUUUGUAGUUUUUUUGGAAUAAAUUAUUGAUUUUU